AUGGAGAAUCGUUGUGUGUUUUGUUUGUGGAUAUUAUUGUUAAUAAGGUGUGUGGUAGUUGAGGUGCAGGGUGGUGAUGGAAGUGUUGGGUGUGAGGUAGAAGAAAGAAGAGCACUUUUGAUACUAAAAGAAGCCUUUAACGGAACCACUGCCCUUUCUUCUUGGGAUAAUGAAGAAAUGAAUUGCUGCAAGUGGGAAAGAGUCAACUGUGACCAAUCCAAUCAUCAUGUCAUCCAACUCUCCCUUGCCGAUAUUAGGCAAUCGAGUUCUGAUGAUUUUUUCCUAAAUGCUUCGCUCUUUCUUUCAUUCAGAGAACUACAGAAUCUGAGCUUAGAUUUAAACAGAAUGCGAGGAUUCCAUGGAGUACUGAAUUUAAGCAAGUUGCAGGUUUUGGAUUUAAGUUUCAAUUGGUUUGAUGAAAUUCCAAGUUUAGGUUUACUGCGCUCACUUAGGAUCCUUCAUAUGGAACUAAACGGGAGGAUCAAUACUUGGUCUCACUUUGAAGAGUUAACAACUUUGAAACAUCUGGAGCUGCUCAAUUUUGCUUUUAAUGGACUGAGCGGAAAAAUUCCACAAUCCCUUGGGUCCUUAACCUCUUUGAAGUUUUUGUCAUUCGGCUACAAUAAUUAUCUAAAUGGCUCAUUGACAGAUGGAGGCAUCUGCAAGUUGAGGAACCUUCAAGAGUUGGAUUUGGGAUCCAAUAGUUUUGAAGGAAGAAUACCUUUAUGUCUUGGCAAUUUGACAUCCCUUCGUGUCCUUAAUCUUCAAUCAAAUUACUUGACUGGAACACUUCCUUCUGCCAUAUUUUCUACUUUGAAUUUACUUGACUAUCUCUCCCUUUCCUACAACUACUUUGAAGGUUCUUUCUCGUUCAGCUCAUUGGGAAACAAUUCCAAACUUGAGAUCUUUCAACUUGAAAACCUUAAGAAUACCAUGGUUGUAAACACAGAAAACCCACCUUGGAUGCCUCAAUCUCAUAUCAAAAUAUUUCUUUUACCAAAUUGUAAACUCAAUGAACCUAGGGGGAAUCUACCUAGUUUCCUGUUAAAGCAACGUGAGUUGAGAAUUCUUGACCUUAGAAAUACAGGGGUGAGAGAAAUAUUUCCAACCUGGUUGCUCAUCAAUAACACAAAUAUGGAAUUUCUCAGCCUUGCACGCAAUUCCCUAGCCGGACCUUUUACAUACAACAACCAUCAAACAAAGAAUGAAUAUCUUCGGUGGUUAGAUGUUUCUAUGAAUCAAAUUCAAGGGGUAAUUCCAUACUCUAUAGGUGUUUCAUGUCCAAGUCUGAACUUUUUGAACAUGUCUAUGAAUGCAAUACAAGGUGGUAUUCCUCCCUCUAUAGGGGAAUUGAAACAACUACAAUUCUUAGACUUGUCAAACAAUAAAUUGUCAGGAGAACUGCCAGAAGAAUUUGUCCAGGGAUGUAUCAGUUUGCAAUUUUUGAAGUUAGAAAGCAACAAUUUGCAAGGUCAAGUUCUUCCUACAAAUUCAAACCUGAGUAGCCUUGAGUAUUUGCGUUUGGAAAACAAUCGCUUUUCUGGUGAGUUAUCUCGUGGCCUACUAAAUAGCAUGUCUUUGAAAUUGUUAGAUUUGAGUAACAACUCAAUCACAGGUGAAAUUCCUUACUGGAUUGGAUACCUUUCACAACUGAGGUCAAUAAUUUUGCCUAAUAAUUAUCUACAAGGUCCUAUACCAAUGAGUUUUUGCAAGGUGAAGAAACUGAGCAUUUUAGACUUGUCAAAGAAUAAACUUAUUAAGACCAUACCUGUUUGUUUGAAUGUCUCAUCACUUCGAUACUUGCAUUUGCAUGGCAAUGGAUUUACUGGAUAUUUGCCAAAACUUUUGUCUGAAGCUUCCUCACUUGUGACACUAGACAUGAGAGACAAUAACUUAUCUGGCAGACUUCCUAAUUGGAUAAGUUCACUCUCAAAUUUAAGGUUUCUUCUCCUUGGAGGGAAUCAAUUCGAAGGUUCAAUCCCUUCCCAACUCUGUGACCUUAGGAAUGUUAGCUUGCUAGAUCUUUCCUCAAAUCAUCUUUCUUCGAUUUUGCCUUCUUGCCUGCAUAAAGUACUGUUUGGGAGAAAAGGAACCUUUAAAGCCACGCUUGAGCCUAAUGUGUACGGAUGGGGCACUUAUUUGGAUUUGAAAACACACUCAUAUGAAAGCCAACUUCAAAUAGACCUAUUUUUGGAGAACAAUUAUAUUGCUUCAGAUGAGGAAGAAGAAGUGGAAUUUGUAACAAAAAGUAGGUCUGAAUCAUACAAAGGAAACAUAUUGAAGUACAUGUCUGGACUUGAUCUUUCCUUCAACAAUUUUACAGGUCCAAUUCCUCAAGAGAUUGGGUUACUGAGUGAUAUCCACUCUUUGAACUUAUCACACAAUCAGUUCACAGGCUCUAUCCCAACUACAUUCUCCAACUUAAAGCAGAUAGAAUGUUUGGACCUGUCUCACAAUAGAUUGAAUGGCCAAAUACCUCAAGACUUGAUAGAAUUGAACUUUCUAUCAAAAUUUUCUGUGGCAUUCAACAAUUUAUCAGGGAGAAUACCAGACAAGAAACAGUUCUUAACGUUCGACAACAGCAGUUAUGAAGGUAAUCCUUUACUUUGUGGACAACUGUUGGGAGAAAGCCGCAACAACAGCUCUAGCAUUAAACCAUCUUCACAGCCAAUUAUAGAGAAUGAUGAUCCAUUCAAAGAGACAUUUUUGUGGAGUUUUAUAGCAUCAUAUAGUGUAGCAUUUAUAGCUUCUGUUGUUGUUUUCCUAUGUUGUAGUGACUAUUCAGAACGGAUACUUGAAUAUGUUCGUGCAAAGUUUGUAGUUUUCUCUUUCUAAUGCGUGUAAGUUAAUAAUAUGUGAUGUGGUAAACAAUUUCCUAUUCAGUCCAUUAAAUUUAUGUACUUUUACAAUAAAGAUAGAGUAAAUCACCUAUUUGGUCA